CGCACUGCACUUGCUUUCAGGGGAGAUUAGCAGUUAUAACGAGACCAGUCGGCUUCGUGCACCACAAGAUAUAAAAAAAAAGCCAGCAAGGAAAUUCGGUCGAAUUUUCUAAUAUCACAGCUUAAUUUUUAUCGACCAUGGCCUCAAUCGCUCGUCCUCUCCGGCAGGUCGCCUGCCGGGCCGGCCCGACCUCGCUGGCGCAGCGCACCCUCGCCAACAACGUCCCCAGGAUAGCUGCCUUCCACGCCUCAAGCAGGAGAAACCUGCUGCCGCCGCUGCCUCAAAAAAUCCAGGGAACCGUCAACGACCCUGCCCCCGUCCCGGCCCCGUCCCCGAGCCACGGCCACUACCACUGGACCUUUGAGCGCAUCCUGGCCGCCGGCCUGGUGCCGCUGACUGUCGCGCCCUUCGCCGCCGGCUCCUACAACCCCGUCAUGGACGCCGUCCUGUGCAGCACGCUGCUGCUGCAUUCUCACCUCGGCCUCCAGAACGUCAUCACCGACUACCUGCCCCAGCGCCGCGUGCCCAAGUCCCGCAAGGCCGCCAUGUGGCUGCUCAACAUCGCCACCGCCGUCGUCGGUGUGGGCCUGUACGAGUUUGAGACCAACGACGUCGGCUUGACCGAGGGUGUCAGGAGGAUCUGGACGGCAUGAGCUGGGCAUUUUUUGGGGGGGAUUCAGGGGGGUUUGUGAAUGUUGGUAUAGAAAGAGGGUCGAAGGGGAGUCGAAAGCAAUGGUCUAGGGAUGUAGCAGUCUUUCGUAAAAUUGGAAUUGUACAUGGUGUCUUUUGGUUCCUGGGUUGGCUAUUUGGCGCCCAUUGUGUUCACUAGGUCCACAUGAGAGGCCAUCACGGCCGGUUUUUCUAGCUUCAGCAAUGCCAUUUGGUAUCCUAAAAGUCC